GCGCGCUCCAGGGUUAGCUGUCAGUAUUUCUCCCCCAGCUGCUCCUAUCUGUAAGCAGUCUUCCGCAUCUGUGACAAGACUCCGAAGAAGACAAUAUUCAGUAAUCACGUAGCUUCGGAAGCAAAGGUGAUUCGAAUAAUCCGGCUCUUGUCACCAUGCUAGGCUCUCUGGCCGCUCAGGUGCUGACCUGAACACCUGACCCAUCCUUUUCUGACCAAAACCUCUUCUGAUCCCCCCCACCCCCCCGCCCCCGGUGAAAGAGACUAGGUAGCCAAAUGGAGACGCCACCAGUCAGUCCCCUGGGAGAGAAGGACAUCUCUCACCCGCAGCGACAAUGGGAAAGGAAUUCCCAGGAGAACCUUGAUUCAACUACUCAGUUUAGGCAGCAGCCCGGAGACCCUCCUGCGGCAGCCUCGGAGCAAGGACUGAGCCCAGACCCAGCCAGUGGAAAUGCAGAGACCCCUCACAACACUGAAAACCUGGUCGCUGGACUUGAAGGGGACUCUGAUAGAUCCCACGAAUCGGCUCGUGAGAUUCCAGGGUCCCGUCAAGCUUCCGAUGUCUGGUACUGUCCCGAUGGGAGCUUUGUCAAGAAGAUCAUAAUCCGUGGCCACGGCUCGGACAAACCCAAGCUAGGUUCUCGAUGCCGGGUUCUGGCCUUUGGAUGUCCUUUUGGGUCAGAGCUGCCGGAGGGCUGGACAGAGCUAACUGUGGGAAUAGGGCCGUGGAGGGAUGAAAGCUGGGGGGAGCUUGUAGAGAAAUGCCUGGAGUCCAUGUGUCAGGGUGAGGAGGCAGAGCUUCAGCUCCCUGGGCACUCUGGACCUCCCGUCAGGCUCACACUGGACUCCUUCACUCAGGGCCGGGACUCCUGGGAGCUGGAGACCAGUGAGAAGGAGGCCUUAGCCAGGGAAGAACGUGCAAGGGGCACGGAACUCUUUCGAGCUGGAAACGCUGCAGGGGCUGCCCGGUGCUAUGGACGGGCUCUUCGGCUGCUGUUGACUUUACCCCCGCCUGGCCCUCCGGAACGAACUGUCCUUCACGCCAACCUGGCGGCCUGUCAGUUGCUGCUAGGGCAGCCCCAGCUGGCAGCCCAAAACUGUGACCGGGUGCUGGAGCGGGAGCCUGGCCACCUAAAGGCCUUAUACCGGAGAGGGGUUGCCCAGGCUGCCCUUGGGAACCUGGAAAAAGCAACUGCUGAUCUCAAGAAGGUGCUGGCGGUAGAUCCCAAAAACCGCGCAGCCCAGGAGGAGCUGGGAAAGGUGGUCAUCGAGAGGAAGAGACAGGAUGCAGGGCUGGCUCAGGGCCUACGCAAGAUGUUUGGCUGAUUAAAAGUUAAACCUUAAAAAACAAAGAGACAGGAACCUGUAAUUGUGGUCUGUAUGAGAUUUUUAGGGGCUCAGAGGGAGGGUUUCACUCCAUAUCCUAUUCCCUGCUUUUGCCUCCCUGGGGUAAGUAGUGCAGUGGUCUCAAUGCGCCUAUCUGGGGGGAGCUUGUUCAUCUCCGAAGAUGUGAACAGCUGUCUAAACUUAUAAAUUUAGGACUGCCUGGGGGAUGUGCCGGACCUUUAAAUGCUCGGAACUACAUUUCCCAGGCUC